AACAAGGAUCCAUUUCUUCAUGAUGAAGUUGCAUCCUCUGUUUCACAACUUGCAACAAAGAUAAAGUCGCUCGCAUCCGUGCCGACUUGGACUCCAGAGAUUUGGCAGUUCCGGCAGUCGUGCCUCUGGUACUAUCUGGUCCCAUGGUGUUGGAUUCUUUUCAGUUGGUGCAGCCUGAGGAUGUGGACAAGAUCCUGGGCAGUGUGCAGGUUCAAGGUGCAGGUUUUCGGGGUUGGAAAGAAGUAACAUCCAUUUUCAAUAAGGAUGAUGAACAGCAGUUACUAACAGGAUGUAAAUCUCCAAAAUCUAAAGGAACAAGUUUAAAACUAAAAGAGGAUGUCAAGUCAGAAAAGAAAGCAGGAUUUUGGGACAGUUUGGCGAUAAAACAGAACAUCCAGUCCAGGAAGCCAGAUGAGAUCGAAGGAUGGGAGCCCCCACAGAUCCCUCCCAGUGACAACCUCAGCGAUUCAGGAAAUACUUUAUGUGACUAUCCAUCUUGGUCAGGCUGGGAAGAUGAAACCAAAGGCUCCAUGAAAUACACAAACCUGGCAAGCUCAGGAAAUAGUUCAAGGUGGAGUAUCAAAUCAGCUGGAAGGUUGGUUAGCAUUAGGCGACAGAGCAAAGGUAACCUUACUGAUAACUGGGAAGAAUUAGAAUGAUACAGAGAAUGUGAAAUGCUCCAUAAAUGGUGAUACACUAAAUGAUGGAUAUAUCUCUUCUUUUCAAACCAAAAUCAAACCUGCUUAAUAUUGCACCUUUUUACAAAACGGUUUUAUUCAAAUAGUCCAAUAGUUUGCUCACCAUAUUGUAAGGGUACUUUGUUUUGCACACUGAACAAAGUUAAGCACUUACUUUGUGCCUAUAUUUUUCACAUUCAUACUGUAUAGGAGCUUGGUUUGCUCUUUAAAAAAACUUUCAACGAAUGUAUACACUGGUUGAAUAUUUGACUGCCUUACAGGAGAACCUCCUAGUUUGAAGUUCUGGAUUUCCUGGUGUUUGGAUAUGACAAGUUUGUCUUUUGAACGCUGUCCCCAUUACAGAACAGUGUUGUUCUACAGCUCGUCACUGCAUUGUUGCGUUGCUUUUUGUGUCCUUAGCAUGAACACAUGCUUCUCAGGCUGGAGCAUCAGAGAGCUUGCAUUUUCCAAAAGUCCUGAAUAGUAUAUACAGUAUGAGAACUCCAUACUCAUGUGCAUGUGCUUCUCUUCUUCUAUUACAAAGCCUUCACAGAUGAGUAAAAUAAGGCUUCCACAUAUUAUGUUGAUUGGUUUGUAAUUAACUCAAACAAGUUUGUCAUUACCCCUAUACCACAUAUUACUGAGAUAACAUCUAAGGUCCAAUUCAUACAUUCUCCAUGUACCACAGUAGUAACUGCCAACCCCCCCCCCCCAAAAAAAAACCUUCCAUGUUGCAGCAAUAACAAAAAUCAGAGCCAUUAGCUUACUGGAUCCACCUGGUUACUUCCCAUGUCAGUAGCCCUCUUCCACUGGGUCCAUGCAUGCUUUACCACUGCAAUGUGGAACUUAACAGCUUGGAAGUGGGUGUUUCCUAAGGAUGUGCCCAAACCAUCUUGGGGAGCAACGGGCAGGUUGGGGACCGGGCCCUUUAAAAAGCAGGCAAGCAGGUCCUUACCUGCUCCUCUGCCACCUCAGCACUUUUCCGGGAGCAGUGCCUGCUUUCCAAAAGGCCAUGCACGGUUGCAGGGCUGGUAAGACAACCAAGUAAGAACCUGCUUGUCUGCUUUUUAAAGGAACUAAUCCAUGCCGCACUGAACUGGUUUGAACGCAGCCGCCCAAACCAUUUUGGCUUUUCUCUAAGGAGGUGCCAAACCAGUUUGGGCACAUCCCUAGUGUUUCCAGCAGCUACUAUAGAUAUAUCAGGCCAGGUUUUCAGAAAAUUCAGCCUGUGUAGAAAUCAUAUUCCUCCAUUUAGAGGAACAUUGCUUCUCAACUUUUGCCCUCAUUCUCUUUAAGCUACAUUAUCCCUUGUUGCUCUUCCAUAGGAUUUGAUGAUGCUCUCUUUUGAAUUUUCAGGGUGACAGAGGUCAAUGUUAUGUCUCUGUUGUGUACAAGUUAGGGAUGUGCAGAACCGAUUCAUAAUCAGACCAGACUGCCACGAACUGGGCAGGUUCAAGCGGUUCGAACAUGAAUUACUUCAAGCUGGUUUGUUGAACCGACCAGUCCAGCCGAUUAGUUUGACCGAACUAGUUCACUUUGGCCCAGUUCGGUCCGAUUCAGACCGAACUGCCCCAACCAGUCCGUGCACACCCCUAGUUCAAGUCUGUGUGUUUGCUGUUAUUGUGAGUCUUACUGGUUGCUGCUAACAUUUUUAAUUACUGAAAAUGAGCUAUGCAUUAAAGUGCACAUAGGAGAUUAGAAAUCUAUUAUAAGGAUAGUUUGUCCUAAUUGAGCAUUUUCAGAUGCCCAUUUUAUUGAAAAUUAUCCAGUUUAUGGGAUAGUGGUGAUGGAACUGUAUUAAUGCCAGCAUACCACUGUGACAUCACUUUUAAUAACUCCCUUUCAAUCAACUUAAAAAUUAUUUGCAGAAGUGUCAGUACAUAUGCAUCAUUUCUGCAUCAUCCAAAGAUGAAUUCUAAUCCCAAGCUGUAUGUUUGAGAUAUAAUACAAUGGCCAGAAUAAUUGAGCAACAUAAUGUUUAGUUCUUAUGACUUGGCUCCAAGUACAAGGUUCACUCAAGGUCCAGAGAUCCAAAUGGCUGAGACCAAUUUUGCCACAGCAAGUGUUAUGUCCUUGCAGAAGAGAAUCCAACACUGAUGGCUCUUGGGGGGAAAAGCACAUUCUCGGGAAUUUGGAAGACAGGACCCACUAGUGAGCCAAUAGUGAACUACUGCUACUACCAAAUUGAAAUAUGAAGAAAAUGCAAAAAGUGCCUUGUUCAAUUGCUCCAUCCUGUAAAUGUUCAGUUAGACUUAACUACUUUCUUGCUGUUUCUUAUGUACACUUCUUGAAUUUCUGUCUUAAGAUGUCAUAAAAUGAAUGUUUAAUCAAAGAUGCGAAAAUGUUUCCUUUCCCUUGGUUGCUACAGAGCUGGAAUGUUUACUUGACACAAAUGCUGAGUCUAUGUACCACUGCUCAUGAAAUACAAUCUUAUUUAGCAAUAUAGACGCCAAAACACUAAAAUUUGCUUCCAACAAUCCACAAUUUUUAAUUGAAAAAAAAAACCUAUUUUGUAACUAUGCAGAUAAUUUCCGUUGUAUAGAUUUUUUCCCAUUUGCCUAAUCCACAGGUAGACUUUACAACACUGUUGAAUAGCAGAGGAAGGGAUUCCUACAAUCCUAAGGUGUAGUAGCCCUUCUCCUGCAUAUCUACAUACGCACAGGCUUUGCAGCCUCCUGCAGCAAUGUAAAUACUCCCCAGUGCUGCUGAAUAUGGCAUAUUCCUUUCCCUUGGCGCCCCUGCUCCAUUUUUGGGCACUCCUAUGCCUGCAGGGAGCUUGUGACCUUGCAAACCUUAUGGAGAUCAUAGAGUUAUGGGACUAGACUGGCACAACCAGGGAGCACUCGUGCAGCAUGAGAACCUGCCGCUUGGAAUUGGGGGGUUAUUAGCCCACCUAUUCUUGCAUGCUUCUUAUUUUGAGGAGGAGGAGUGGUAUUUAAAACCAAUAGCCUGAUAUAGCAUGCAUCAUUUCUGUCACAAACCUGUAAGGUUUUUGCCAGAAGACAAUUGCUAUGGCAAAACUCAGUAGUUUUUCUGCGGAGUGCAAAGAUUUUGAAUUGACACUACAACUGAACCUGUGAUGAAAGACGCAGGUUUAGUUUAGGCAAGUUAAGAACAGACUGAAGGUGCAAGCCAGUCAAAGUUUACCACACUCAAAUCCCUUUCAGUUUUGUGGGAGAGCUAAAUGCACAGUUCACUUUCUUCUGCUGAAAUCAGUGGCUGAUGGCCUAACAAAGCCCUUGUGUAAGGUAGGGGUGUGGGCAUAGAGCAGUACCCCUGGCAGAACUCCUCCUGCCCUCACAUUGUUGAGCAAGAGGGCUAAGUCUGGAGUGCUCCCUGAGUUCUGGAAGUGUCUAGUAAGAUAGGAAGCACGUUGUGGAAGGUCAGCCCCACUGGAACUUGAUAGUGCGUAACAUUAGCUGGAUCAUGCCUUGCAUUUUAAUGUCUUUGAUAUAAUUGCAGAAAAUAGCAAUUUUCCUUAUGCAAAGAUUCCUCUAGUUUACAGUUUAUAGAAGGCCUUACAGAAGUGUGAUGUGUUGGCAGCGAGCACUGACACAGAGAGGACCCCCAGGAUCUAGAGGGGAGACAGGGUCAGGAGCUCACCAUUUUCUACGUGUGGAAGCUUGUUUCUACUGUGACAAAGAUUCUGCCUUGCACAUUAUACUGUCAAGUGCCUGUACUUCACUUCAGUGAUAUGUUUGUGAUGCACCGCUUAAUUCAAUGUGAUACUAAUGUUCACACAUUAGUGUGUUGUAUUUAGAUAGCCAAUGAAGGGUAGAGUUACACAGCUGAAGCAUCAUGUAAGACAAAGAAACAUCCAACAGCUAGUGUAGGAUUCAGCAUCCUACCUGUUGGCUUAAGCUGCUGCAGUCGAGUUGACUUGUGGUGCUGAAGCACAAUCCUGUGCUUGAGCAGCAGGACCAGUUUGGCUAGUUCUGCCCACUUGUGGCCUCCAGGCAGGCAUUCCACAAUGACCUGUGGACCAUGAGGCACACCCAGCCUUCCUUCCACCCUACCCCCACUCUGGCACAUAAUGGCCACUUAACAGUGGGAGUUCUUCCCAAGGGGUUCCGAGGGAAGCACUGACAGCCAGCUGCUGUGCUGGAUCCUUGCCCCAGCACUGGAGUGAGGGAAUGUGUUGCCCCCUCAUUCCAGACGGAGGGCUCAUUUUGCUGGAUUCUAUGCACUCUGGAGGUGAAUGGCUGGUCCAGAGGAUCAGGCCAGACGUAGAAAUUUGAGAUCUAGACCGUGUGGCCUGAUUAUGUUUUAAGCUAUGAAAGAAAUGUUUUAAAGGAUGGGACAUAAUCCUGCCAGAGUUAUGCACUUUCACACCUCAUUGAUUUCUGUGGUGUCUAAUGUGUGUUAAGCCUCCCUUUCAACUCAGUGGGACUUAUAUGUACUUAAACUUUGGCUGGAUUACGCCCAUGUUUUUUUAAAGCAUAAUUGCUUGAUUUUAGUGGCAGUAAUUAAAUUUUAAUAUAAUUUAUUGUUGGGCUUUUGUAGAAUUGUUUGAAAUGAGGUUUUUCUCUUGUGGUGGCUUAUUUGUUUGGUCAAUUUUUAUUCUUCUUUUAAAAUACAGCUGCCUAGACAUUUAUGGGCCUUCCCUUUAAUGGUAUAUGCCCUUUCUGUUUUGCUGUGUAACUAUUUGAUUUUUAUGUCCACUGGUUUUAAAGAAGAUGCCAUUACGAUUGCAUCCUAAGAUUGCACAUGACAUAUAUAAUGAUUCAAAUGUUGUUUUUGUGGCCUUUUCACUCCACAUAUGCACAAUUCUUGGCUUGAACUCAAUGAAGGUGAAAUGCUUUAUGUGGCUGAGACUAGUCACUUAAUGCUCACUUGGUUCCUUCUGUCUAUUUUAUUAGUUUCACUUCAAAAAAAUAUAGUAUUUUCACAGAUGAAUAAAAAAUCUAGUUGAAAUCAAAA